AUGGCACCGCCAAUCGAGCUCGACGCAACGCUCAAGGAGCUAUAUGAGCUGAGCGGCAAUCACCAUGGGGAGAUCUACCUCAUCACCGUGUUCCCCACGGCCCAGGCCCAGACGAUUCCCGGCCUUGCCGCGUGCAGGAAAUACGCCUUUCAGGACGGCCUGUGGCCCAAGACAGGGAGCAUCCAGGCUCGCCUCUUCACCCAGGUUCUGCCACAGUGGCUUGCCAUGGUUGCGGGUCAGAUGAAGCUUGUCAUGUUCGAUCUCGAGCAGCCGGGAACCGACGACGUGGAUCAACAGGCCCGCGCGGAUACCGCAGAAGUUUUGGGCCAGAUAUGCGAACGCCAGCGCCCGACAGUCAUAUACGUGCGGAACACAUCCGAUAUCGUACUCCCCCCCGAGGCCGUGCUGUCGGUGGUCAGCCCGCUUCACUGCCUCGAGCACCUCCCAGCACUGGUGCCAUUCGACAGCCAAUAUCGGGCGCUCUCGAAGCGGGACUUGGCUCUCUCCAGCGUCCCGACUCCGCCGUCUACUGUCAUCGACACGGUCCUCGACGAUGUCGACCAAGUCCAGGAGCCGCGACUUCGAAAGACGGAGGUAGCGCGCAUACUGGGUGUCAUCGAGCAGACGGCACCACCGUUUGUGAUCAAGUUUCCUCAAGGACGCGGUGGCUUUGGGACCUUGAUCGUGCGGAGCGAAAGCGAGCGUGCCGAGACUGUCACUCUCCUGCGUCCCGAAAUCGACAACAUGCUUCAGCAGCUGAACCACUCAAAUCGUCACCUGCAUCCGGCGAGCCUCAUUGUCCAGAAAAUGGUCCACGGCUCGACCGUGGCUCUUUGCAUGUUCUUACCCAAGGAUGGAGCCCCAAUCAUUUCAUCUUGCACUGACCAGCUCAACGACAAUCAGGGGCACUGGGAGGGCUCUCACAUCGACUACUCCCAACAGUCGCGUUUAAGGGACGAGGUUAUGCCCGUGGCAGAGCUGAUCGGUGCCCAUCUGCGUAGGCUCGGCUACUACGGCCCGGUCGGCGCGGAAAUCAUGAUCGGCCCUAACAACGAACAUUUUGUCGUCGACCUCAACGCGCGCCUGACAGCGUCGCAUCUGUUGGGCUUCAUGAAGGGGCACUUUAGUGUGGAUCGGGGCUUGAAUGACGCAGCCAUCUUGGUUCCGAUUGUCGACAUCAGCUUGCGCGAGUUCAAAAGAAAGUUUAGCAAGGAGUUGGACGAAGGGCGGAUUGUCAUCGCGGGUUGGAGCCAUGGACCGGAGGGAAAGCUCAAUGUGACGGCCAUUGUCGUGGCCGCGGAGGACAUGUCGGGCCUGAACAAACUCGCGGAGCGUGUCCAUGCGCUCAAGGCGGUCAGCAGCUUUGCUUCGCUGCCUACGUCUUAA